UCAAAAGAACACUGUGUUCCGGUGAGAGAGUUUGUCGGGGAAGGAAGAAAUGAGCUCCCCGGUGGUUCAACCAGAGGUGCCGGAUCUGGUUUGCGAACUCGACAAUGUCCAAGGUAUCGUCGAUGCCUUCUCAUCCGUCCGAUGGAAACGUCAUCAGGUCGGGCGUACUCCCAGUCUUCUUAAUCCUGAUGCUCUAGUGGAGUUAUCAGAACAUGGCAUAGUCUUGAUCGUCGAGGAAUCUGGCUGUCUUCAAGCCAAAGUUUACCUGCAACGUGAGCUUUUCAUUCGGUAUGAAUAUGGCGCUCAAGGACGUCCACGAUUUGGAGUGAGCCUGGGACUUUUUGUUGAUUGUUUGAACACAUUUUCAGUUCCUGGACAUGUAAGCACAAUAGAAAUCAAAUAUCCCGGACCUGACAUGCAACUUUUGCUCAAGUCUGUUGAUUCACUGGAUGCCUGCAUCUAUGCUGAAAUCAGGACCAGGAUCCCUGAUACAAUUUCAUGGGAUUACAACUUUGAACCUGCAGGAACAACACCUCUAACUUUUACUGUAAAGUCUGCAGCACUAAAGGAAGCGAUAGAUGAUCUUGAAUGGCCAGGAUCAAGUAUACUGAUCAUUUUACAACCUGUGCCUCCUUGUGUUACCUUCAAAGGAGAAGGGCAUGGAGAUUUGCAUAUUGAUUUCAUGUAUUAUGCGAACACUGAUCUUCUGGUUGCAUUUCACUGUGACCAUCAAGUCUCUUACAGAUACAAAUACAAAUAUCUCAAGGCAACAACGUCAAACAUACCAAGCAGCGUCAUAAAAGAAAACAGAGGAAGCAAGUUAACCAUUGGAAGAGGCGGAAUGUUGAAAGUUCAGCACCUGGUUUCGGUUGCAAGACCUUUUUCCCACACACACAUUGAUUCUUCUGGCUAUAAUCAACCUAGUCGUAUUGCAUAUAUUGAGUUUUAUGUUAAGCCAGAAGAACGGGAAGAUGCUGCAGAUGGUUCGUAAGACUGAGGUACUGAACUUUACAUUUAAAAAAUAUUUAUACUUCCUAUUCUCCUGUCUUUCCUAAACCAUGCCUCCCUUUCAGCAUUUGAUAUGAAUAAAUUGUGCAAAAUAGUCAAGCAGUCCUCUUACCAAA